ACGAGGUGCGCCAUUGACCAGCUGAGGUAUUGAGCAGAUGAAUCGCAAGAAUAUUCUGAAAGUUGUCUCAUUCGGAAUACGUUCGAUCGCCUGGUGAUUACAAAAUGACAACAAUCUAUUGCUUGGUUAUACUGUGUUGUGUUCAGGUGAUUCAGGGAGAUGACAGCACCGCCAGACCCGAGGCGAAGACGAACGAAACAGGUGAAUCUCAGAUUAACGUUCGGUUGAAGCCCCCCACCAACCUAACAGCGAUGGAAGUCUUCAGUACCAACAUUGUCAUUGAGUGGUCUGCACCUGCUGUGUAUCCAUUGCAUGAAGUUGACGACAAUGUCACCACAGAAUACAGCAGGGAUGUUUCAUAUUGGAACAAAACCCAUAUUGUGAAUGAAACUGUGACUGCCACCCUCGAGCCACCGACCGGAGAUGUCAGCACUGUCCAAGGUGAAGUGCCUACACCAGUUAACGCUUCAUCCAAGGGAGAUAAGCCAGGAGGGAGUAAAUUGCUGGCGUACAAGCCAAAGUGCCUGUCUCAAGAAGCCUUUAAGAGCAUCGACACAGUGGAGCAUAUGGUGAAGACUGUCAAUGAUAUUGUCAAUUAUGUAAAUAAUAAAAUUGACAGUAAUUCCUCGGACUCAAGAGACCUCAUGGUACACGUUCCUUUUGAUCAGGGUUGUGUCGAGAAGUAUGUCGUCAACUGUGUCAAGAAAGAAGAUGGUCAGGUGGUGAUGACACAGGAUGUGGCAGCCAAUCAGACGGAGUACAAUAUUACAAAUCUGGAGCAUGGGACCACGUACAGCAUCUUCAUCUCGGCACAUUUCACGUCCGGAGACGUCCUCAACUCAACCAGCAUAGAGGAGACAACCCCCACCAACAUCUCCAACACAAAAUGCAGUUGUUCCCUGUUCGGCUCUGUUCGGAAUUCCUCCUGUGACUAUUCUAGUGGGCGAAUGUGCCAGUGUAACCCACAGUACACUGGUUCCUUCUGUGAGAUAUGUCGCCCUGGAUUCUACCGCAGCGCCCCCUACUUCCCCUGCAAUAGGUGCCCCUGCAGCCCCCUGGCCACCAACAGUCCCACAUGCUACUACCGUGAAGGUUACCUGGUAUGCAACGCCUGUAAGCCCCACUACACCGGACAUCUCUGUCAGUCGUGCAUCAACGGCUACUACCGCUACCACGGCCAGUGUGUUCCCUGCCACUGCAAUGGCAACAACAACCCCGCAGCAAACAGAGUGUGCGACCCCUACACAGGUGCCUGCACCCACUGUGCCUACAACACCACCGGCUUCAACUGUGAGAAGUGCCUUCCGGGCUUCGUCAGGAACAAAACUCAAGAUAGACACUGCAUCCUGUACCACGAAUCAGCAUCUGCCCGAGCUGCAGGUCCUUCUAAGGGACUGAUUGCUGGGAUCUGCAUCGCCGUCAUCCUGGCCCUGUGUGCAGUGGUGGGCUUUGCCGUGUAUCGGCGCUGGAAGAUCUUCCCGCCAAGGAAACCAUUCUGGACCGUGGAGCUGAAGGAAGAUCAUGACGGCGUCAACUUCAGUGCCGUCCCCGGACACGAGUACCAGCAACACAACCCUGCUGAUGUUCAAGAUUUAGAAUUUUAUGAAAAACAUCGUGGAAAGUCCAGCGGGAAGAGCGUGUCAAGCUAUUCUCAACUACGCGAAGAUAUAUAGAUGAGACGAGAUUAUCUAAAGUAUAAGCUAAGAAACUAUCAACCUGCAUAAGAUUGGAUAUUUUUCAUUCAAUAAACAUGUUUGGAUAUUUUAGAAGAAAUGUUAAAAAGACAUUUUGCCCUGAAAAAGAACAAAAUGGGAUUACAAAUAUAUUUUUGUGUUGUUCAUGUUGUGUUUUGACUCUUAAAAUGUAAAGCUUGGGUUUGUGUAUAAUAUGCUUGUUAUGAAAGAUUUUAAGUUUGAUAGCUUAGAAAUAAAAUGUGUUUUUUUUUAGUAUAUGUCUACCAAUAUAUUUUGUUGUGUUUCUGAUAUAUGAACUUACCAAAUAUUUUCAUGAGCUUUCUUAUGAUUUGUAUGGAGACUUUUGAAUAUCUUUGAAUACUUUGCAAUCAUUAAUUGUAUUUUACAGCUCCUUUUGUCUCUUGUACAUCACAUAUAUAACAUUCCUGUUUUAAUGCAUAUGUGACCAUGGUAAUUCUUGUAGAAACUGUUCCUAUUUUGUGAAAGAAAGAGGUACAUUGCUCUAGUGUUACAGAGAUGCUAGGCUCUAUACUAGUGUUAAAGGAGGGCUAGGCCCUAUACUAGUGUUAAAGGGGUGCUAGGCUCUAUACUAGUGUUAAAGGGGUGCUAGGCUCUAUACUAGUGUUAAAGGGGUGCUAGGCUCUAUACUAGUGUUAAAGGGGUGCUAGGCUCUAUACUAGUGUUAAAGGAGGGCUAGGCUCUAUACUAGUGUUAAAGGAGUGCUAGGCCUACACUAGUGUUAAAGGGGUGCUAGGCUCUAUACUAGUGUUAAAGGGGUGCUAGGCUGUAGUGUGUAGACAGUAACGACAACACAACUGUUUGAUUGGAAGUGGGCACUAUUGAGCCUGGCGCUUCUUGAAUAUGACUUGCAUGGUCAUGUUUAUGUACAGAAUCUUGCUUGCUGCUAGCAUCUCAUAGUUUUACUUGAUAUGUUCCUUGUCUUCAGUAUUCUAUGUGUUCUUUUUGAAUUGCGAUAAUCUAUCCUGAUUUGUAAAAUAAUUGUGACCCACCAUGAUAUAAGGGACCCUAUGGGUGAAAAGUCACAGUUUUACUUCUCAUUAUAUUUUAAAACUGCAAUAGGGAACAUAAAAAUACAAUUCACAAGCUUCGAUUCAUAUUUAUUACAGAGAUACAUGACAUCAAACAUUUGGACUCAUUUUCCGACUUAUAACUGAUUUUGUAAUGAUUGCAGUUUUUGAGACCUAAUGUCUGAUUAAUUGAAGGUUCUGAAAUAUUGGGUGUUUUUACAUUACAACCAAUGAGAGAGAAAUAAAAUAUUUUACUAUUCUGCAGACAUAGCGAUUGUGACUGAAGUAAGCUGACGUCAAACGUCUUAUGACGUCACAGCACAAUUUUAUCCUAGGUUCCCGUAGGGUCCCUUUGCUACUCGUAGGUCAUAAUUAUACUCUCGUACAUGCAGGUUAUGCAGGCAGCUCUUCCUGUAUUGGUCAGAGAUUGUGUCACAUAUAUAUUCGACUCUGCAUUCUAAAAAUGCAAUGUUCAAAUACUUCUGAAUUUGAGAAAAGAAGAAAAUUAGAAAACAAUAUUUUUUUUUAACAAAGUAACUCAUUCUUAUUUGGUGGAUGGUCACCUGUAGUAUAGACAAUGUGUGUUCUGGCCCAAUGUCACCUUACUACAGAGGUCCAGAACCCCCAUCACCUAUACUACUUCACCCGUAGUUUAUCAGCUUAUGUACAGGAUCAGAAGUGCCAUCUUUCAUUGGAUACAAAUUAGAAAUGUUUACUUGCACUCUUAUUUUUAGGUGCACGGUCAGUAGCAGUGACAUAGAUGGCAGUUCUUCCUGUAUUGGUCAGAGAUUGUGUCACAUAUAUUCGACUCAAGUACCGCUAGAUUCUUUCUUAUUACUAUCGUUAGUCCGUAAUGCCAUGACAGAUUAACUACAGUGAUAUAAAAGAACUGGGUGAUCCUUUACUAUGUGGUAUAUAAUAUGUUCCGAAUAAUUUCUGACAACAGGAUUCUUUGUUCAUUCAGUGUUCAUUUCGAGCUACUUGAUAUUGUAAUACUCAAAUACAUUCACCAUGUUGCCAUUAAGAGAUAAUUGGCCAAAAAAAAAAAAAAAUAGUUAUGUUUAGCACUGUCAGAUCUGAUACAGUUUGAGAAGGGAAGAUCUUU